UAUAUAUAUAUAUUGAUAAUUAAAAAAAAAAAAAUUGGGAUUAAAAAUCAAAUUUUUUAAAAAAUUGAUGAAAAGAGCCUUGAUUAGCUUGCUUUAUGAGAAACUGGGUUUACCCCUUUUGUAUAAGAGAGUAGAGACACAUAUUUUGUGUUUCUAUCUUUGAUUCCUCUCUUCUGCGACUUCAAUUUAAGUGUUUUUUAUUAGAUUAUAUAUCAAGUUCCUUCAGAGUUUCGUUUCUUUAUUAUGGAAAAUUUCGUUAUAGACACGCCAGUUCUGCUCUAUUGAUCAGAGAAAUGAGAGUGAAUAUUACUACUAACAAGUAUGCGAACGCUUUGUGACGUGUGCGAGAGCGCUACGGCGGUCCUCUUCUGCGCCGCCGAUGAGGCCGCUCUCUGCCGCUCCUGCGACGACAAGGUUCACAGGUGUAAUAAGCUUGCUAAUCGACAUGUAAGGGUCGGGCUUGCUGACCCCAAUGCUGUGCCUCGCUGUGACAUAUGUGAAAAUGCACCUGCUUUCUUUUACUGUGAGGUGGAUGGAAGCUCCCUUUGUUUGCAGUGUGAUAUGAUUGUUCAUGUAGGAGGUAAAAGAACCCAUGGAAGAUAUCUUGUAUUGAGGCAGAGAAUUGAGUUUCCCGGGGAUAAGCCUGGCCGUAUGGAGGAUCCAAAUGAGAACAGGAGGCGAGAGAAUCAGCAACUCAGAUUGACGAUGGGAGAGAACCAGCAGAAUCACAGGGUUCCAGAGUCAGCUACAAAUGCCAAUGCCGAUGGGCAUGCCAACACGAAGACAAAUAUGAUGGAUUUGAAUAUGCAGCCACAUCAGAUACAUGAACAGGCUUCAAAUAAUCAGGAAUUGUGAAUCUGGAAGCAUGGGUUCCUCCUGGCUGUCUCAGUAAUAGUUUCAGAAUCUCAAUCUAGAAGUUUAAUCUACAUUCCCUUUGCUGCAAGUUCAUGUGCCACGUAUUUUGUCCGCUCGAUCAUCCCCCAUUUCUCAAGAAGCAGACAAAUUAUGAUCAUUGAGGCAGCUAUCACUCAGACUUGCAUUUGGAUAACUUUGUUAAUUUGUAUUCAACGCUUUUAAGGCACUGUAUGUAUCAAGGGUAGUAAAUAGCAUGUAUAAUCAUUUACAUCGAUCAAAAAUUUUGGUAAAUGCUCUGGGAUGUUGGAUUCCUGUUGAAAAUGGCUGUAAUAUUGAAACCUAGAUGGAUGUAUUGACUUUCCCAAUAUUUCUUGUAUUGUCUUAGCCUUUGCAUCAUAUGAAUUUGGUCCAUAUAGUGAAUUUCACAA